UUGUAUUGUCUGUUGGACGGUAACGCCGAGAAAAGGUUGUUGUUUGGCGCCUUUACGGGGCCGGUUAGAUAUUGUAAAUUAUUAGGCAUUUAUUUAAAAGCGAACUAUAGUUCGCUACUAAUAUAAAAUGGGUGACAAAGGCGAUGGAGAAACUUUCGAUGACGCGGUUGAAGAGAGAGUUAUAAACGAAGAAUAUAAAAUAUGGAAAAAGAAUACACCUUUCUUAUACGACCUGGUGAUGACCCAUGCUCUGGAAUGGCCCUCGCUUACUGCUCAAUGGCUCCCAGACGUCACCAGGCCAGAAGGAAAAGAUUAUUCAGUACACAGAUUGAUUCUGGGCACACACACAUCAGAUGAGCAGAAUCAUCUGUUGAUUGCUAGCGUUCAGCUUCCAAAUGAAGAUGCACAGUUUGAUGCAAGUCAUUAUGAUAAUGAUAAAGGAGAAUUCGGUGGUUUUGGGUCUGUGUCUGGUAAAAUAGACAUAGAGAUUAAAAUCAAUCACGAAGGUGAGGUGAACAGGGCUCGCUACAUGCCUCAGAACCCCUGUGUCAUUGCAACAAAGACACCAUCCUCUGAUGUCCUCGUGUUUGACUACACAAAGCAUCCCUCAAAGCCAGAGCCAUCGGGAGAGUGUCAUCCUGACCUUAGAUUGCGAGGACAUCAAAAGGAAGGCUAUGGUUUAUCAUGGAACCCUAAUCUGAAUGGGUAUCUACUGUCUGCAAGUGAUGACCACACAAUUUGUCUGUGGGAUAUCAACGCGACGCCCAAGGAGGGUCGCGUUAUUGAGGCCAAGUCUGUGUUCACGGGGCACACAGCGGUUGUUGAGGAUGUCGCCUGGCACCUGCUCCAUGAGUCACUGUUUGGCUCUGUGGCCGAUGACCAGAAACUCAUGAUCUGGGAUACCAGAUGUAACAACACAUCGAAGCCUUCGCACACGGUGGAUGCGCACACAGCGGAGGUGAACUGCCUCAGCUUCAACCCUUACUCCGAGUUCAUACUGGCCACUGGCAGUGCUGACAAAACGGUGGCGCUGUGGGACUUGCGUAACCUGAAGUUGAAGCUGCACUCGUUCGAGUCGCACAAGGACGAGAUCUUCCAGGUGCAGUGGUCACCGCACAACGAGACCAUACUCGCCAGCAGCGGCACUGACAGGAGAUUGCAUGUGUGGGACCUGUCAAAGAUCGGUGAGGAACAGACGGCGGAGGACGCGGAGGACGGCCCGCCAGAGCUGCUGUUCAUCCACGGAGGACACACCGCCAAGAUAUCAGACUUCUCCUGGAACCCCAACGAGCCCUGGGUCAUCUGCUCUGUCUCAGAAGAUAAUAUUAUGCAGGUGUGGCAGAUGGCGGAGAAUAUUUACAACGACGAGGAACCCGAAACGCCCGCCUCCGAGCUGGAGUCCGGUGUUAAUGUGAACCACGGCUGAGCUUCACACAUCCCUGUCUCACACAACCCCAUACACAAGUCACACGGCCACCACAGACCACAUCUGAGAUCAUGUCUGUCCUGAUAGAUGUCAGACAUACUUCUCAAACAUUUGGUCCUAAUCCGGUAUUAUAUUUUAAUACUGUUAUUCUUAUUGUAUAAGAAAAUGAACAAUUUGAAAUCUUAAGCUAUAUGAAGAAUUGUUUUUAGGUAUAUAAAAUCAGUGUAGCAUCGAAAAUAAAGGUAUCGUUUCGAUGUCAAAAAAUUUAGAAUUGAAAACCUUGUUUUGAAGUCAGCUAAAAAUCCGUUAAUAGUUAAUAAAUUGUCAAAUAUUCAGUCAAAGUUCUGUCAAAAUUUGUCCAGCUGUUCUGGAGAUUACCCGGAACAAACGUGACCUUGUAGGCAGACGUACAGACAUAAAUUUUAAAUAUUAGUUUUAUAAGUAGUGCAAAUACAUUUGUACGAUUAUUUUUUUUUAGUAUUACACACAGACAAAUCAAAUUUAUAAAUAUGUAUAGAUUGUAUUGGAGAGAAUGUUUAAAUUUGUAAAUUUUUACUCUUCAAUGACAUAAGUUGUUUCAGUGUUGCAAUGUACAAAGCGAAUGUGGCGCCCCUCAGACCAUUUUUAAUAUUAAACUUUCUACAUAAUACCGCUAGCUAUUUAAACUAAAUGAUUGGGACCAAUGUUGCUCGGUCGAAAUCUCUCGUGGUUUAAAUAUUAUUAGUAUGAAAUGCACACAUUUUAUUUAUGUUAAACAUCAUGGGUUAAUUUUUUUUUAUAAACCACUAAACAAGGUUCAUACGAACGCAAUUCCAAACGGUCGUGUGUCAAUUCCGUGUUAAUUUAUUUCUCAUACGUCAACAUAGUUUUCGUCGUACGUUGGUGCGUCGUUGAUGAUGCGACUGAAUUUCUUUUUUAUUGUAAUAAUAUUUCAAUAAUGGUAUGUAUUUUUUAAGCUCUGCUAAAUAUUAUUAUUAA